AUGGGUAUCAACGGCGACGUUUCAAACGGCGCUGCAUUAUCUCCCACCAUGAAGAGGCCAAUCCAGGAGUCACACAGUUCGGCCGCCGCCAGUCCAAGGUUGUCGACGCCUCCCCCGCCAGGGGAACGUCUAAAGGUGGAACCGUCGCAUGCCGGAAGCUCGAGAAAUGGACGGUCGAGUUCAAGAUCCACCGACAUUGGACUGGAUGCCGUCGACCACGCGCUGCGGCGGGAAAUCGGUCGGCAGCACCGAGAAAGCACACCUGGAGCUAGUCCGAGUAGGAAACGGCAAAGGAUCAACGGUGACCGGUAUGUUGAUUUUUUGACUUUUUUUUCAUCUGUUCUUGUUGCUGACUGGUCGCUCAUAGCUUUAUUCCCACGCGGUCUGGCCAAGACCUCCAGGCAAGUUUCAGUCUCUUGCAUGAAGAUGGGUCGCCCGCGACCCCAUCAAGACAAAAGAAGCGGACCCCGCAUGGGGAGCUUCACUAUCAGAGAAUUGUUUGAGAAUUCGAUACCACAGGUGUCACCGCCUUCCAUGUCACCAGAGCACAACAGGCUCUCCCACGGCCAUGCCACCAGAUCACACACCCCACCAAACGGGCCACCACCAUCAUCUUUGCCAUCAAAUUUGACACCAUCCACACCACACAAGAAUCUGUUCUCCUACAUGUCGCCUCGUCACAGCAUUGCAGGCCAUCCAACACCUUCAAGGACGCCACAAAGUCGACACGGGCCCAACUUGGACACCCGGUCCGAAGUGUACAGCUUAUCGCCAGUGAGAUAUGGGAGUCAGCAACUGCUCCUCAGCCCACGGCGACAACCGCGUGCCGUGAGCAAGGUUCCGUAUAAGGUGUUGGAUGCUCCCGAGCUCGCAGAUGACUUUUACCUCAACCUCGUUGACUGGGGCAACGCAAAUGUAUUAGGCGUCGGCCUGGGAUCGAGCGUGUACAUGUGGAACGCCCAGACCAGUCGCGUCAACAAGCUCUGCACGUUAGAAGACGACACCGUUACGAGCGUGUCGUGGAUACAAAAGGGCACACACAUUGCCAUCGGAACUGGAAAGGGCCUAGUGCAAAUCUGGGAUGCGGAGCGGCAGCGAAGGUUGAGGACUAUGGUAGGCCACACUAACCGUGUGGGUGCUCUGGCCUGGAACACGCACAUCCUCACCUCUGGCUCGCGGGAUCGGUCCAUAUACCACCGUGAUGUGCGAGCCCCAGAUCCGUGGAUGAGGAAGCUAGUCGGGCACAAGCAGGAAGUGUGCGGACUAAAAUGGAAUUGCGAGGAUGGGCAGCUGGCGAGUGGAGGGAACGACAACAAACUAAUGGUCUGGGAUAAGCUCUCGGACUCGCCACUGUGGAAGUUUUCGGACCACACCGCCGCGGUGAAGGCGAUUGCUUGGAGCCCUCACCAACGUGGACUGUUGGCUUCCGGUGGCGGUACGGCCGACCGCCGGAUCAUUUUCCACGAUACGGUGAGGGGGACCGUUGUCAAUGAGAUUGACACGGGGAGCCAGGUUUGCAACUUGGCGUGGAGCAAGAACUCAAACGAGAUUGUCUCGACGCAUGGGUACAGCCAGAACCAGAUUGUGGUGUGGAAGUACCCGAGCAUGACGCAGGUGGCGAGUUUGACGGGGCACACUUAUCGGGUGCUGUACCUGGCUAUGAGCCCGGACGGGAGGGUGGUGGUCACGGGGGCGGGGGACGAGACGUUGAGGUUUUGGAACGUGUUUGGGAAGAGGGGUGGGAGGAUGGGGGUGGAUGGGGAGGGGGGCGGGGGAAGUAUAAGGUUGCAGGAGUGGGGGGUAAUUAGGUGA